AUGAACGCAUACGUCUUGCAGAGACAGCCCGAAGAGGGACACUGUCCAAUGGAGACCAGUGUUCAACGGCGAUUCCAGAACUGGCUGUAUAACAGGCUUAUUGCUCCAUGGGUCUGCAGGGAUGAUAUUGCCGAUGUGCACUAUUUUGUGCAGAAUAACGGGCAUAUGAAGGGCAACCAGCCAGUUCAGAAGUUUGACAUCGUGAAGGAGAAACCUGAAAGAGCUAACUAUAAGCAGACAAUUGAUGCGAAGAGCGACUUCCUCUUAGAGGAAAUGUACAGCGUGAGGGUCAAUAAAGCUGUCGCAUUGACUGAAUACGGCGAGGAUUUAGUGAAAUACAUUCGAAGCGAAGACCCAGCGGACUUCGAACCCGUAUGGUCAUCCACGGGACUACAGAGCCCUGCAGAGUUGCUGCUGCCGGCGCAGUAUAGACUGCUGGCGGAAACUAUAGAGCCGCCUAUAACAAUACAAGAAGACCAUGAUGAGAUGUUUAACGUCACUUUCAAGAACAACCUUUUUGCCGUAUACGGGAAGUGCGGAUUCUUUGCCAGUACGUACGACAUUGACAUCGUUAUAUUGGACUCAAUCCCAAAAAGUGGAUAUGUGAGGGACAAUUAUCAGAAAUCUAAAUGCGCUGUCCGGUGGUCAGUGUUUAUGACUUCUCAGAUGUUUAACAUGAUAGAUCGUGACCGUGUCGCUACCAGCGGGCUAAAGCAGGAGAUCAACUUUAUCAAAGUGUGCAAAUUUUUUGAAAGAGAUGUUCUCGCUGUAUGUACCGAUGCUGGGCUCGUUCUGCUGUUUGACUUGGAGACUUUAAGUUUCUUAUUUGAGAAACAAAUAUUGUUUAGGGACACUUACAGAGAUGUGUCAAACCUUGUCCAGGAGCCUCUUGCUAUCUUUAGGAGUAAAGAAAGUUGUUGGAGUGUGGAUACGUACUGUACGGAUAACAUCGUGCUCAUAGCAGUGGGCCACAAUGGCCCGGGAGUAUCACUUUUUGCCUUCUCAGAAGACUUUCAUGGAAUUACGCCGUGUGAAGAGUUGCCCUCAAAUCAUAAUGUCCCCUGCGUCACUUUUAUACCGAACGACACGGCAAGGGAUCAAAGAGUGACAUUGGCGUACACAUCGAUUUAUGGUAAUGUCGCAACAGUCGAGAUCCGUUUGGACACCAUUACGCAAAACAAUAUUGAUGUUGAGAUAGCUGAUAUCCAGUUUUUGGCCUCGCCAGUAUGGACAGUCAUUCCACUCAAAAAGAAACAUUUUAAGAAGGUGGCCCAAUUUGAGCUCCUAAACUUGAACUUCCAAGAGUCCUUUAAGCGGCAAACAUUGCGGAAUAUGGUCUUGGAUAGUUCAAUACUGGAGCACCAACCUCCAAGCUUAUACAACUCUGGAGAGCUGGGCAUUGGUACCCUAACAACUCAGCUAAAUGUUCCCGUCGCCGAUCUGUCGCUGCGAUGCCAAAUGGGUGUUGACCCCAAUAAAGUACAUCUGAGAUUUACUACUUUCGACACAGAUGGUAAUAUGACAGCGUGGCAUUCCAAUACCACAAGCGGGAACGAGCCAACCGUACCAUUGGAUCAGUUGCCAGAAAAAAGUAAAGAUCGUUGCAAGUCUGGUCAUUUCUUCGACACAUCGACAGACUACUUUUAUAAUACUUACAAUGAAGCAUCUGAUAGCGGACUUCGGCAGUUAACUGGCCUCAAUAUAUGUAGGUAUCCUCGGUGGUUUCGAGUUGCCUCUCUGAGUCAACCGAUGCGGUGCCCGAACCCAAGGGAAGCGGCAAGACCGAUCAAUCCGGCAAACGACGACCGCAUUAUGCUUUCCAGUAAAAAUGAGGACAGUGAGUUUUUAGGUAACGAUUAUAGAAUUGAGGGAGAGUGGGAGGAUCAGAAGGCGGCUUAUGACCUUCAACAGAUACAUCGACUAACAUAUUGUCCUGUGCCUCAUGGGCGAAUAGCAGCAGGCUAUCCGAGCAUAUAUGGCAUGGUAACUGCAAUGUCUCCGUACGUGGACAGGAACAAUAUUCCCGGCUGGUCUAAAUUCGCGACUAAUCGAUAUAACGAAAAUGACAUAGAUCUUGUGGAUCCGGCGAUGACAUCAGCAGGAGAACACAUCUUCGACGAUAGUGAUUAUGCGACACAACAAAAGUGGUCUGUCCACAACCACGUUAUAAAAAUACCUUUCCUUCUAGAAAACGUUUGCACCGAGUCCGUGUCGCGAUGCAAGGGCUAUACCCUGAAGAAACACGAAAACGAUUUCCUAUUGGUCACGACGGAAGACAGAAUUUAUCUUCUCAAACCAGAUCCUCUGAUUAUAACAUCUUUUACCUAUAAUGACAUCUUCCCGAUAAAGAACGUAUCACUGUGUUCCGAAGAGCUGAUAGCAUCGGCUCUGAACAGAAUCAAUUUUGUGUGUCAUAUACCAGAGUUACAGUGUGUCGUCGUUGCAUCACAACUGGGUUUAGUGUCUUUGCUAAGAUUAACGGAGUACAUGGGGAUAUAUUCGUUUAGACAAGAGUAUAUUUUCGGAUGGAAGUCGCAGGAUCCUCAUAACCUGGAGGCAGGAAAUGUAUGCUUCAGAGAUACAGUUUUCCAUUCAAGCACCCACAGGGCAAAUGUGUGUGAAAUUGACGAUGUCAAUUUUCCUUACUUUAAUAUAGUUGGUCUAGACUAUGUUUACCUUCCUGGAAACCCUGUUAACAAACUUGCAGGUCACGCUAUCUUAUUCAUUAUCUCAAAAAACGCCGUGAACAGGAUCAAAAUUAUGGACGGGAAUGAUGCGUUUGCCAUUUAG